AUGACUACCUUAAACCACACUGGCAUUAGCCACACAGUCUUCCGCUUGCUGGGCAUCCCCGGACUAGAGGACCAGCACAUGUGGAUUUCCAUCCCCUUCUUUGUUUCCUAUGUCAUCACCCUGCUUGGGAACAGCCUGCUCAUCUUCAUCAUCCUCACAAAGCGCAGCCUCCAUGAACCCAUGUACCUCUUCAUCUGCAUGCUGGCUGGAGCAGACAUUGUCCUCUCCACAUGCACAGUACCUCAGGCCUUGGCCAUCUUCUGGUUCCAUGCUGGGGAGAUCUCCCUGAAUUGCUGCAUCAUUCAGCUCUUCUUCAUCCAUUCGACUUUCAUCUCUGAGUCAGGGGUCUUGCUAGUGAUGGCAUUUGACCGAUUCAUUGCCAUAUGCUACCCACUGAGAUACACCACUAUUCUUACACAUGCAUUGAUUGGGAAAAUUGGAGUGACUAUCUUUCUGAGAAGUUAUGGUACAAUUUCCCCCAUAAUAUUUCUUUUGAAAAGAUUGACUUUCUGCCAAAAUAAUAUUAUGCCACACACUUUUUGUGAACACAUUGGCUUGGCCAAAUAUGCUUGUAAUGACAUUCGAGUGAACAUCUGGUAUGGGUUUUCCAUCCUAAUGUUAACAGUGGUUUUAGAUGUUGUGCUAAUUUUUGUUUCUUAUGUGCUGAUUCUCUGUGCUGUCUUCCACAUGCCUUCCCUAGAUGCUCGCUAUAAAGCUCUCAAUACAUGUGGUUCCCAUAUCUGCAUCAUCAUCCUCUUUUAUGGGCCUGGAAUCUUCACCAUCCUUGCUCAGAGGUUUGGACGCCACAUUCCACCUCAUAUCCACAUCUUGUUGGCUAAUGUCUGCAUGCUUGCUCCACCUAUGCUGAAUCCUGUCAUUUAUGGGAUCAAGACCAAGCAAAUACAAGAGCAGCUGGUUCACAUCUUGUUUGUAAAGCAGAAACCACUUUGA